ACAACUGGAAACAUUCGAAAACGCACCAGAAAACAAGUUGUCUGGUUGUUGGUCUGUUCGCCGAGCUCGGCAGUUGGAUUGCAAACGUUUCAUCACCAGUCGAGAUGACAUCGACCCACUCAACCCUGCACUGACGAUGUCACGUCGAUUGGUGAUGAAACGUUUGCAAUCCAACUGCCAAGCUCGGCGAACAGACCAACAACCAGACAACUUGUUUUCUGGUGCGUUUUCGAAUGUUUCCAUGUGGUUAAAUAAACCUCUCAAGCUGGUUCAAGUUACAAAGUUUAGGCGAGAUCUGCGAAAUACACUCAUUUGGAAACAAGUGUGGUUUUGCGAGAGACUCACCUGGAACCCAGCUGAAUCUCUCGUUUGUGAUGUUUCCGGGCAGCUGAAUGUGCUGCACCAGGCCACCUCAUGUUUCGAUCGCUACGACAUUCGAGAUAUCGCGAUACACGCAUAUUCGUUAUUCACUACUCGUGAGGUUGCUGGAAAUUCUACGACAUGGCCCACCUG